AUGACAGGCAGCAUGGCGAAGAGAGUCCCUAUCCCCAAGAAUGGCGUCGAUUACCGCGGCAAAGUGGUCCUCGCACCCAUGGUCCGCAGCGGCGAGUGUCCUUCGCGACUGAUGGCCUUGAAGUAUGGUGCUGAUCUCGUAUGGGGUCCAGAGACCAUCGACAAAGCACUCAUCGGCACAACUCGCCGCGUCAACCCCGUCACAAACACCAUCGACUUCACCCGCCUCUCCUCCAAUGGCUCCAAGAACCCAGACCUCAACCCUUCGCAGCGCGAAAGCAUCAUCUACAGACUAUACCCAGCUCUCGAAGGCGGCAAACUCAUCCACCAAAUCGGCACCUCGGAUCCAGAAAGAGCUGUCGCGGCCUCGAAAUUGAUCGCUGGAGAUGUAGCCGGCAUAGACGUGAACGCAGGAUGUCCCAAACCAUUCAGCACGCUCGGAGGCAUGGGUGCUGCACUGCUCAAAACACCAGACAAGUUAGUCGCAAUCCUCGAAGCACUGGUCAAGGAAGUAGGAGAACCUUUUGAAAUCGGCAUCAGUGUCAAGAUUCGCAUGCUGGACAACCCUGAAGAUACAGCAGCGCUGGUGCGAAAACUGGUCGCUACAGGAAUCACUGGCCUCACACUCCACUGCCGCACGACACCCAUGCGACCACGCGAAAGCGCCAUCCGCGAUCAACUGCGCAUGGUCGGCGAGAUCUGCCACGAAGCAGGCGUCGCAUGCCUAAUGAACGGCGAUGUAACAAGCAGAGACGAAGCCCUCAAACUAGCAGAGGAGUACGGCGUGGAUGGCGCCAUGAUCGCGACAGCCGCAGAAACAAACCCCUCGUGCUUCCGCUCCGAGAAAGACGGUGGCAUGGCACCUUGGGAUCAGGUGGUCAAGGAAUACAUCAAGACGGCCAUGGACGUCGAAAACAGAUGGGGCAACACAAAGUACCUCCUCGGUCAAAUGAUACACGGCAGAGCAAAGGAGUACCGCCCCAUGAACCAAGCAAAGAGCUACAGCGACAUUGUCGAAAUCAUGGGCUACGAAGAAGAUUUCGUGACUCGCGCUCGCGAGGUGGAUGAGAAACUCGAGAUCAGUUUUGGCAAGAAAGAGACGAGAUCGGAGAGAAAGCAACGGGGGAACCAAGCAAAGAAGGAAAGGAAGGCGGAAGCAAAGGAGGACAAGAAGGCGGAAGCAAAAGAGGCUGAGGGUUCACAAUCUCUAAAGCGCAAAGCUGAUGAUGCUGAGCUUAGCGUGCCACCAGAGGCAAAACGUCAGGCGGACGAGGUCGAGCCCAGCAUACCACUGGACAUUUCACGAUCCGAAGCCCCUGGAUCAGUGACCACUGAGCAGGUCCUCGCAGUAUAA